AUGGCUUUAUCCUCAACCCAGCUGCGCUGGGGCCGAAUUCUGAUCAUUCCGUUUGGGGCUCUCGUUCUCCUAUGGCGUCUCUGGCCACUGUCACCUAGCCAAGUACCAAUUACACCAUCCCAGCGGGACUGGGCCUGGGACGGGAUACAUGCCAUAGAAAACCAAACAAUGGGCUUUGGGAAAAUUUUCGCCAUCAACUUGCCCAAUCGACCAGAUAAGCGCGACAAUAUUGUUCUGGGGUCAUCAGUCUGCAAUUUUCAGGUUGAAUUCGUCGACGGUGUCUCUCCAGAUGCUAUUCCGCCGAAAACAUAUCCAUACAAUUGGAAUCCCGACCAUAGCGCGAGCGAAUACGCUGCUCGCCGAGCACAUCUAAAUGGCAUACGACGAAUUGUCGAACAAGGGCUAGACAGUGGACUCAUUGUCGAAGACGACGCCGAUUGGGAUUUGAAUAUCAAAUCUCAACUCCAAAGCUUCGCCCUCGCGAUCCGUGGACUCCAAGGAACAACCAACAUACCAACCACGUCGCCGUACGGGGAUGACUGGGAUAUUCUCUGGCUAGGUCACUGCGGCUUGGAAUGCAAGACUAAUCUCCCAUAUUACGAAAGCGCAGACGACCCUACCGUUCCUCAGCCUCAGCAUUUUCUUCCAUACUGGCGCGACUCGCCCGCAAUUGAACGGCCCGACCGGUCCCGAUUGGUAUGCACCGCCCAGGAUGCCGUUUGUUCGAGCUUUUACGCUGUAAGCUACCACGGUGCUCAAAAGCUUCUCGCCGCAUUGUCUGUGAACCCAUCCGGUCUUGCCGAGGAGAUUGACACGGGUGCACAAAUGGACGUAGCAGUAGGCCGCAUGUGCGGUCAUGGAUACUUACGAUGCUUUGCUCCGUAUCCCGCUAUCACGGGUGCUUUCCGCUCCGCGGGAGCCGCAGAGAAAGGCUCGGACAUUCACCAAGAAGGUGAAGGCAACACCGUUGGCUUUGCUAGCUGGGGAAUGUUAUAUAGCACGAUGUUAAACGUGCAGCGAAUCCUCAGAGGUCAGCCUGUCAAGGCAACAUGGGGUGAUGUUGAAAAGCCCAUAAUGGUUCCGGAAGACAUUGGAGUUCGAGAAGGAAAGCUCUACAGGAAGGAUGAGAAUGGACCACAGAUUGUUGAGACUGUGGCAGUGGAUGAACAAUAUCGAAGGACUGUCCAUCUGUAUAAAUAG